UAAAGAAGUCGGGGGAUGCUUUGGAUGGGUCCUUAUGGAAAGACAACAUGGGGAAACAUGAAAUAAACCGAAAAAGGUGAAUUUGAAUUGCAGCUGCUAUAUAGGAAAUUGCAUUGAGAAGGCUGCAAGGGUGGAGAUGAAAAAAGUUAUUGAGAAUCUUCUUCAUCUCCUCGUCGUUUAUUACACAUUUUAUGAUUUGGGCAAUUGAGUCUUUGUAAUAAUGGGAAGAAGCUACUUCGUGGAGGAAGCUGUUGGACGAUAUUUAUCAGACCUGAUUGCUAAACCAAAAAGACUUAUAACUGGUCUUUUAGUAGGGCAGUGUUCUCAGCAAAGAGAUUAUGUUUUGCUGGCUAUUCGAACUCCUAUAAAAGAGGAGGAAAGUAACAGCAGUACAAACCACCAUACAGACUUGUCUAAUAUUGAUGAAGAAUGGACAGCAGCACAUGCCAGACAAGUAUCAAGAAUGCUUCCUGGAGGACUGCUAGUUGUUGGUGUUUUUAUCAUUUCAGUUCCUGAGCUGGCAAAAGAAAUUCAAAAUAUCCUGAGGAAGCUUCUUUUUGCAGUAGAAAAGUCUGUAGCUAGAAAGAGAUUGUGGAACAUUGCAGAAGAAGAUGUCUCAGAUAGAGUGGCGCUUCAUCUUUGUUCAACUACAAUGAAUCGUACCUACGAUGUGCAAGAUCCAAAGAGUACGGCUAAGCCAGCUGACUGGAAAUACCAGAACUCUCUUUCCGCUUCUUGGCUAUCUUUAGAAUGCACAAUUAAGGUUAAUAUACAUAUUCCUCUCCCUGCCACGUUGGCCAGCCACAACCUGGAAAAAAAUACAAGGAAUGGAUUAGGACGUUGGGCUCAACAGAUAGAGGAGGCUGUCUUUUUAAUAAAUGGACAAGCCAGAGAGGAAGAUGCUGACUUACUGGAAGGGCAGAAAAAAUCAAGAGGAUAUAUGCCAUCAACUACUAGGAAUCUUGAUGUUAGGGUCUUAACACAAUUGAUGCAAAGUACAAACUCCAGAUCAACAGCUACAGUCCAAAUCUGCAGUGGUUCCAUCAAUCUUAAAGGAGCUUUAAAAUGUAAAGCUUACAUCCAUAAUAACAAGCCUAAAGUUAAAGAUGCUGUUCAGGCCUUGAAGAGAGACAUAAUAAACACACUCUCUGAUCGUUGUGAAAUAUUGUUUGAAGACUUGCUUGUCAAUGAAAUACCAGGAAAGAAAAACGCCGAAAGGGAAUAUCACAUCUUACCUUGUAGAGUUUUCACUCCCAUUGUGGGAUCCAAUGUGUUGCUUUGUGAUUAUAAAUUUGGUGAUGAGACAAUCAGGGAAGUUCAGGAGCAUUUUCUUGAAAUGAUGGAUCAAGCUGUUCAAUCAGAUGAUUUGCAUGUUGCUGAGGAAACGAAUACAGUUGAAGUAAACCUGCCAAAGGAAUUCCAAGAUAAUAUACAACCGAAGCAAGUGACAAAAGAAAUACUACUGUUGAAACUACAUCAAAAUAUGGGAGUGGUGAUAGCCGUGGCAGUUGCCAUAUCUGCAAUAGCUUUCUCCUUUAACUACUUCAGUGAUUAAGCUUCAGAAAGCAAGAACGAACUUCAGAACUCAUGUCAUUACAGAUGUACUGUAAGGAUGCAAGCAUCUUGAACUGAAUAUGUUAAGAUAUGUUAUCGUCUAAUAAUAGCAAUACAGGGCUCUAAAAAGCCAUCAUUCUCUUUCUUUAUGAAAGUAAUGUAGGUGGUAUACAUUGCUUUUUGGGGAAAAGUGAGAGAACUCACAUUGUCAACUGGCACAUACAAGGGAUUAAUUUUUCGGGGGACAACUGAAACAUAACACAUCUAUUUUAACAUUCUCCUUACUUGAUAAAAUGUAUAAAAACCCUGCAGACAUGGUUCUUUGUGCUGUUUUUAGGAAAUACUGGAAUUGUAUGAUAGACAAUACAAGUUCCUUUUUCUUUGAAUGAACCCAUAAGUGUUUUUUCUUCCACUUACAUACUGUGAUUAUCUUCCCUGAUUCAUCUACACCUGUGAGAGAGUAUAUGUGAUGUGAGUAUAUGUAUACAUAUGUAUUUAUUUCACAUUGCAGAUGUCCUGCGCCAGCCAUGGUGGAUACUGGUGACUCUGUUAUAUAAUAAUACAACAUAGAAUAAAACAGUUAGUUGCUAUGAUUGAAACUCCAGCCAAGGGUUCACUGGAAUAGAAUAUAUUGUACUUGCUUGUGAAAUGCAAGAAUGACUUUAUACCUCUGAGAGUGAAUCCAGAGAUUAGGGUCUAUUACAGAGAAGGUGUGUCAUUAUGUCCAUGUUCUCUUCGUGCUACUUUCAGAAAGAGGAAUGCUCUGUGCACUUUUCUCUCCGUCCCUCUCCCCAAUUUUUAACAAAACUUUAUUUUCACUUUCCUUUGGGAAAACUUCACUUGUAAGUGAUAGAGAUUGUUCCUCUCCUGAAAAUAAACUCAUGUGAUGUGAUCCUUUAUUAGCAUAUAAAGCGGUACAGGCUUGGAUCAUGUCUAACCUGCUGUUUUGAAAUAUACAAAGUUUAUUUGCUUCCUGUUUUAUGUCCACUUCACAACCCAAAGCCUCAGGGGUUUGAAUAAUUUACAAUACUGCAAAAAUAAAUACGUUUUUAAAAAGUAAUCCGCCCUUUUAUCUGACUUGCUUUCAAGGCAUUUUUUCAGAUAUUAACUUGGCUAUGUUGGUCACCUGAUUUGUAGGAACUUUAUUACUAAAGUUUGUAUACUGCUCCAUUUCAAAUUCUCUGACACAUUAAUGUCACUUUGACUUACAACAGAAAAAGUCAGCAAGUAAGGGAACAUCUUUAAGAGCUUCUGGAUUUAUACAAAGAUGCCCGUUGCCAGGAUUAAGAGUAUAUGUUGCAAGAAGUCUCAAAGCAAAAUACUUUACAAUGCUAUUUAUGGAAGAAAGCAGUAAAUAAUGAUGGAGAACACUCAAGAAUGCUGUGGGUGUUCAAAAACCUAUUCACUCUGGGUGUGUCCUCUUAAGGAAGUGUUCUCUUUAGAAAUUCUUUCCCCAUUCUCAGUGCAUUGUGUCUGCCAGCUUUCACUGGCAGUCAUUGUUAAAAGUUGAUCUGAAUUUUAUAUUCACCUGUUCUCAGAUUAUUAUCUUUCUAUAACCACAGCAUGGGAUGGAGCUAUGUCGUGUUAGUGACUUUGAGGCUGGUGUGAUUCAUAGAAGACUUGACUUGUCCUUUUUGAAAAUGGACAGGGAGAAGUUAAGAAGUUAAGUAAAACAUCUGAUAGAGAUUAGGUAUCAGUUCUGCCACCCCUCCACAUUAAGGGCAGGAAAAACCUCUCUCUUUUUUUCCUACCAUCUCAUUUUUCUGCAGGUAAAGUGAAUAAGACACUUUGACACUUUCUGCUUUGAGAGAACCCAGUUUAGAGCCAUUCUACUCAGCUGAAGUAAUGGCUUAAGUAAAGAGCAGGAUCAUGCCUGCCCCAUAUUGGGUUUGCUUCAAGUUUCAAUAGCUAGGAGGAAAAUAACAAAGUGUUGCUUCAUGAAAUGACAGAUUUUUUUCCAUCUUCUCUGCCAAUACAACUGCUGAUUUUCAGACUACAGAUUUAAUAAAUUAAUUCAUUAGAAAUUCUUAACAGCAUUAGAAAUUCUUACAAGCAAGAUCUUUCUGAUGCAAUUGCCCUUCCAUUCUCCCAAGUUUUCUAUGAUGGGUCUGGUUGAUACACCACCCUGUACACCGCCCUGAGUCCUUCGGGAAAUGGUGCGGUAUAGGGUCUGGCUGUACACCGCCCUGAGUCCUUCGGGAGAUGGUGCGGUAUAGAAAUGUAAUUAUAAAUUAAAAAAAUAAAAAAUAAAUACCACCUCUUGUUUCUUAAUCCUGAAAUUUCUACUGUUUCAGUUUUCACAGUAGCUAAGCGUGGGCCGCAAGUUUUGUUUUCCUGCGAGUCCUAUUAUAAGGCAACUUUAGAUCAUUGUUACAUUGUAAGUUGCUGAUUUUCAAGUUGUAAAAAUAUGAUUCCUUUUCUAGUAGUAUGGUUAACUCAUUUUUUGACAAAGCAGAAUGUCAUAUGUCUGGAGUAAUGCUGUUGUUGGAUGAUGGAAUCCAGGUUCAAUAUGGCAACUCGGUCAGAUUCAAAACUGAUCAAUUCUGAUGGAACCAGACUGAAGGUGAGGUUUCUUGAUCUCUCAGCAGGUUAUAAGAUAAUAAGACAGAGGAAAUUCUAUAAAUCAGAUAAAUAUAUAAAUAUAGUUCCAUUACUACAUAUUUCACGUUUGGGAGUUCUAACUCCAGGCACAAUCAUUUAAAUAAAGAAUUAAACAUGAUUCAUUUACCCUUUGAGAAUGUAGAAAUUGCUAUACUUUAUACCUCUGAUAGUAAAGUAGUGAUGCCUCCUUUCCUUAAGAUGGCAACCAAUGUGGGCUGUACUCUGUAAACUGAGGGACUUCUAUGAUAGAUUUAGGAUAUAUGGUGGGAGUUAGUUUUCAGUGUUGAGGUUUGAGUGUUGCAGUUGGGAUUGUUUGUUUUGUUUUUUGGAAUGGAGGAUGCUCCUGAUCAUCGUAUUGGGACUCUGAUAGUUGCAGACGGCUUUUGACUCCUGAUGGAAAAAGACUGCUGGGACUCUGAGCUGGCUUCCCAGCUGCCUCAGAUGGUCAGAACUGCCUUUGGAACAUAAGCCGAUUACUGGGCAUCCAAAGAGGCAGUUGUGGUGAAGCCAGGGUGGGCAUCAUUGGUGGUGUUGCAGUACUGCAGUUGGAAGUGAAAUUCAGCUGAGAACACAUGAAGCUACUGAGAAAAUCUGCACCAGAACACUAACUAUGGCAGUGCUCGCACAGCACCUUUUAUUCAACGAUAUUUUGGACCAAACAAGUGUUAACGUUUAUGCUGGCUUCUGAUAGACUUCUGGGUUCAAUUCAACCCAGGUGAAUUGGGUUGGUGGUGAUUCCCUUUAAAACCUUACCUGGCAUAGGACCGGGAUACUUUUCCCAAUAACUUCCACAGGAAAGGCAUGCUCCAGGUUCCUUCUUUUAAAUCUUGCCCAUCUUACGUAACCUAAGAGAUGUGGCUUACCUGUGGACACUUUCCCAGUGUGUGCCCGUUUUCUGGAACAAUCUCCCACUCCCCAAUAUACAAUAGGCCGCAAUUGUUUUUGCCUUUAGAAAAGCCAUUAAGACCUGGGUCUUCCCCCCAGCAUUAGGGGCCAACUGAUUAGUAAUCCCCCUGUACAGCUGAUUGCCAUUUUAUGUUUUGUAUUUGUAUAUUGUCUAUUAUUACAUGGGAGGGGAUUUGCUUUUUUUUAAAAUGAUCUACUGUUAGGAGCCAGCAAUGUUUGAGAUGGGCAGUGUAAUGUGAAAAUAAGUAAAUAAAUGACUGAUCUUAUCAUAGCUUUCUUACUCCCCCCCCCAUAAAUCCUCAAAUGCAUUUGAUUUAUCAAUUUUAAAAUGAAUUGUUGUGAUUGUAGACCAUUCUCCUAAGAUUUCUCUGAAUCCAAAUGUGUAGGCCCUGUGUAAGUCAGUGUGGAAAAACAAGAACCAUUUGAAUUGCAAUUCUCAAAGUACGCCCAAUUUUUUCCUCAAAAUCAGGAAGCAAAUCUAAUUCAGAUGAUUUACUUAAGCUUAGUGAUGCAUGUUUUCUUUGGGUGGUCAACAUGUGUAAUCUAAGAACAUUCAAACAGCUGUACAUUUAAUAUGUUUUCCACUUUGCCUGCUAGAUUUCCAUUCCAUUCUGUCAAAAGUAGAUCUUCAUUCUUAAAAUAUUGGGCAUAAAUUGUAAGCUUAAAGUAUUACAUGGGGUAAUUUCCUUCACUUUUUCACAGUAACAUCUCACAAGUGUGUAUUUCUCAUAAACUGCUACUUCUCUGUUUACUUGCAUUGCAUAGGCACAACAUAAUUCCAGGAAGUGCUGUAAAAGUAAAUCAGUUUCUGGGGCAGGCCCUGAGCUUUUGUGAGCAAACAAGGCAUUUUUACUGUAAAAAUAUAGAAAAGCCAUGAGCUUUUUUGCACCUUGCACACUUUAUAAAAUGACUCAGCUUUGGGGAAGAAAGGUUCGAUUCUAGCCAGAUUUCAUUUUAUGUUAUCAUCGUACUAUAAUAACAUUAAGAUCAGCUCCUGCCAACCCAAUUUCUGCCAAGAAGAUUAAGGGCAAAAUUAUUUUAUAUUCCUAGUCUAGACCUAUUGCAAUUUCCUCUUGGCCAAAAGUAUAUAGUGAUGAAUCAGAGCAUAAGUUCAAGAUCUGUUCUUUGUUAGCAUACAGUGGUUAAACAUGUCAGAAAGCUUAAAACUCACUCCUAAUGCAUAUGAUUAAGGCUCAGAUUAAGACUCCGAUAAUUAUAAAUGGGAAAGAAUCCUGGAGAACUACCACUGAUUAAUAAUAACCUGUUUAGAACUGUAUGGCAGGCUGAGCAGAUAGUAAAUAGUGCCAGAGCCACAAUUGAUGGGGACCACCCUCUUUUUUCUUCUUAUACCUCCUUUGUUCCCCAAGUUCCUGAAAGGAAUAGAGAGCUCUUACUAGAAGUGCUUUGUAAUGGGCCCUAGAGCCCUGAGAAAUUCAACUAAAUAACCUAAAUGCUGAACUAGUUGUACCAAUGGCCUCAUUCUGUAGAAAGCAUAGAUACUUCUGAAUACCAAUUAACCCCCAAAUAUAUAGCUCUUUCAAUGAGUUCUGCAUGCAGAACUAUGCUGUCACAAGAAGAUAUGUUUCCAUCAGAUUUUGUCACCAAGUGGAAAUGAAACUGGAUAUGCUUUCAAAGUUUAAUGCGUGAGGCUUCAGAGUUAUACAUAGAACAGCUCAUGGCUAAUGAAUGCAAGAGAAAUUAAGGGGAGAAUAUAAGCAAAUGACUUUCCUUUUGGAUUACUUCUGCAAUGUUUUUGUUUUUUUAAAAAAAAUCCACACAAAAUAUAUCCUUGAGAUGUGGUUUGGGCACAACAACUGAUUUUUCUUAUCAGUUGUUGCUGAAAAUGAUAACACAGGAACAUUUGGAAGGCCAUAAAUCUAAACUGGACGCAGUCUUGUUACCUGUCCUUGGUUGAAAGGAAAGUAAGAAAAAAGAUUCUUGAAUGCCACCUUUGUAAUCUUCUCAUUUUCCUGCAGAAAACCUGAUGGAGCCACAAAACCCUUAAUUUAAGUUUGAUUAAUCAUAUACUGUUAUCUUAACAGUCAUAAUAUGCAGAAGCUUGGUUAGUUCCAUCUGAGUGAGUGCUGACAAUUUUCAGUUUAUAGACUUCUCCCAAGAAUACAAGUUGCUGCAUGCUUGGUUAGUUAUAUGUUCUUUUUUAUAGCCAUUCAUCAUUAGAUCUAUUAAAAUUAUGCUAUAGAUACAAUGGGAUACAGUUAAAUGAUCUACAUAUUUUAUAUGCUUUUUAAUCUUCAGAGUUUGAUAUAUAAUGGAAGCUAUUCAGUUUUAAAUGAAUAGCACUAAAUCUUGUGCAAUAGACUACGUUUUGUCUAAAAAUAGUGUACCCAAUUCAUUUCUACAUACACAUAUAUGCAGAAUAGUAAACUUUCUAUAUUUUUUCAUACUUUAUGCUUAUUCCCACUAUACAGCUAAAGAACCUAAGCCAUGAGAUGAUCAAUCUAGAAAUUCUAUAUUUGAUUUAAGAAACCAAAAAUACAAUACAUAGAACACUGUUAUAUCAAGUAUGUUUCAAACUGAGGUACUAUCUGUUUAUCCAUGAAAUAGAUAAAUUGUCUAAAUAUAUAUAUAAGAGGAAGUAGGACCACCAACAUUUUGCCAGUAACUCAACUUGUCCCAUCUAAAAAAUACUAUUUGUAAAUGCCCAUCACAUUUUACUCCAUUAAGGAAAAACUAGAAGGAACGUAAAUAAAUACCAUUUGAGAGAAGAAUACCUUUCUAUUAUAACUUUAUUCCUCUUCCAGCUUUUUCUUCCAUCUUCCAGUGCUUCUAUGGGUCUGUUCACUUGCCAUGAAAAGGUCCUGGGUUCAAUUUUAUAUGUGAAAUGCUUUUCUAAAAUCUUGCCUUACAAUGUUGAUCUUUUUUAUAUUUUCAUAUAUUUUUAUAUUUUAUAUUUAAUGUGUGAAGUUAUUUUAUUUCUUAGGACUAAAAUCUCCCCCCCCCCAAGAUUUGUCCAGAUUUAUCUACUUUUCAACCUUGCCUUCGAGAUAUAUGAUCGCUGUAUAUUAGUACUUUUAGAACAUGCCCUGCAUUUCAGUUUUUUAAUCUGAUUUUUUUCAAGGUUUUUUUAAAAAUAUGUAUCUAAAAACAUUUUGAAUUUGCAAGAUCAAGAAUUCCAGGGGACUUGCCACUUCCCCCCCCCCUCAAAUCAUUUACCUUUCUCCGCAUUCCAACAUUUGUAAGCAUUAGGGCUUACUAAUCUCUGGGGCAUCUACUUCCUGCACACUUAUGAAUUAUUUCUUUCUCUGACUUUUAUUUAGUUCUUUGAGAUUUCCUUGUCUGAUGUCACUGGGUAGGGUGGAAAGUCACUGUCAUCCUCAUGUCUGUUAUACAUUAUACAGAUGUUAAACAGAUGUAAAAAAAAAAAACCUCUAGAAAGAGUGCAUAGAAGACCAACAAAGAUGAGGGGGGGCUGGAGACUAAAACAUGAAGAACAGUUGCUGGAACUGGAUAUGUGUAGUUUAAUAAAAAAAAAGGACUGGGGUAACAUAAUAGCAAUGUUCCAAUAUCUCGGGCUGCCACAAAAAAGAGCGAGUCAAGCUAUUCUCAAAGCACCUGAGGGUAGAACAAGAAGCAAUGGGUGGAAACUGAUCAAGGAAAGAAGCAACUUAAAACUAAGGAGAAAUUUCUUGACAGUUAGAACAAUUAAUCUGUGGAACAACUUGCAUCCAGAAGUUGUGAAUGCUCCAACACUGGAAGUUUUUAAAAAGAGAUUGGAUAACCGUUUGUCUGAAGUGGUGUAGGGUUUCCUGCCUGAGCAGGGGGUUGGACAAGAAAACCUCCAUAGUCUCUUCCAGCUCUGUUAUUCUAUUCUAUUAACCUGAAAGCAGAGUAGGUUGGAACAGAAACAAAGUGACAGUGGUUUCUCUUUUGUGGUCCCCCUUCUGUGAAAUUGGUUCAGUCUGGCAAACUCCAGAGAGAUCCACAGUAUUGCAAGGAAUCUGAGAGCCUCCCACCCAUUAAGCCAGAAUAUUUUCCAUUCAACUUUCUGCCUCUCUGAUGUGUUAGACUACUUACUUGAAAUUAGUCACUCUGUGUAAGGCUUUAUUUAAUAUACAUUGCACAACUGUUCCUGUUUACUUCAUUUUUUGUAAAUGAAAGCUUUGGGGAUCACUCUAGAUGAGAGAGUGUAUUCUAAUGGUGCUGAAGACAAACCAGAAGAAGUCAUUAGUCCUUCCCUUCCCUUCCCUUCCCUUUUAGAACAGUGGUCUAGCAAUAGCUCUUCCCCCAAAGAAAAGCACAAACCAAGAUAUUUUCUGAGUCUUUCUUGCACAACUAUAUCAGUGGUGGGUUUCACUUACCUUUGUAACCGGUUCACUCGCACGCGCGCCACUUCUGCACAUGCACAGAGCAUAUUUGAUGAAGUCUGGGUGGGUGGGCGGAGCCUCCCGCCGCCACUACUACAGGUUCGCCAGAAUCGAGGCAAACUGGUAACAACCCACCACUGAACUAUAUACUGAUUGUGCCCAGGGGAGAAGUACUAGCCCCAACCCUAUUAUCUCCCUCUGUCUAAACAUUGAGGAGGUGGCAGUGAUGAUUCGUCCCAUUACAGCUGCUUAAAUGCAUGGAAAAAUCAGUGUUCACUUGUUCUUAAUUGUUUUUUAUAUUGUCUGUGUGCACAUAUUAAAAAAUAGUAUAGACCCAUUUAAAAGCUAUGUUUUAACUAGCCUUUAAUUACAUCAGCACAGAAUAGAAAGGUUUAGUCAUUGAUAUUGUUUUAUGAAUACAUUGUUUUAAUUUACCAUGUGACAACAUACAGUAUUUAAUAAGUGUUUUGAUGCAUGUAUACAUUUUCUUUUUACGUUUUCCAACACUAACCUAAGUUUACUAAUUGCACACAAUUUAAAGUGAGUUAAAAUAUGCUCUUUAAUUUCUCUACAGAUUUGGAGAGAUAAUGUACUUGAUUAGCAGCUAAUGUUAUGUGAUGCUUUCCAAACAGCACAGGCUAAAUGUAAUGUUCUUCAAGUCUCUUUUUGGCGCUAAUAAUUUCAAAUCAAAUUAUGAUAACUACUCGCAAAUCAGAGAAUUUUAUUUACUUGCUUAUUUCUUGUUAGGUUAAAUUUCUAAAGCCGUCCAAUUGAAUAACAACUCCAAGUAAUGUACAGUAUUAAAAAGAAUAGGAGAAAAGCAUCAUAAUAAACUCAGAUGGUAGUUUUAUAUAAAAAAAAUAUUCUUCAAUUUCCUGUAAUUCCCAAACAGGCUUGUCACACUCCCUAAGGUAGGGCCAGGGGAAGAGCCAGAUCUCUGUUUAUUUAAACCAGUGGUUCUCAACAUUUAUAGUGCUGCGACCCCUUUAAUACAAUUCCCCAUGAUGUGGCGACCCCUUUAAUACAAUUCCCCACGAUGUGGCGACCCCCAACCAUAAAAUUAUUUUCGUUUUGAAUUUAUCGCGCCUGAAACCAUAUUGGCUAGCAAUCUGAACUGCUUGCGAUUGCCUUGAGGACAGAGGCAUUAAAGCGGAGACUCCUCCCCUAUUAAGUUCAUCGUGCCUGAAGCCAGACUAGGCUAGCGAUUGGGAGUGAUUGCAGCUGGCUUGAGAGGGAGACAUGAGAGCAAAGAUUUCUCUCUUUUUUAAUUGAUCACGCCUGAAGCCAAAUUCGGCUAGCGAUUUGAAGAGCCUGCAGUUGGCUUGUGAAGUCAACCAUUGGAGCGUGAUUCUUCAACUCGCAAGUAUACUUCCCAUAUUUCCGAUGGUCUUAGGCGACCCUGGCAAAUUGUCAUUCGACCCCCAACGGGGUCCCGACCCACAGGUUGAAAACCGCUGAUUUAAACAAAGUCAAGAUAGGAGCUGUUCAAAUCUCUGGGAGGAUUUGUAUCAAAGGGCAGUCACCGGACAGAGAAGGUCUGCUUCCUGAAGUCUCAUCAGGUGGCACUGUUACAUCAAUGGGACUCAAACAGGAGUGAAAUGCUCCCGGUUCAGACUGUAUCGGCCAAUCUGGUAGCGAUGGUGACGGGUGGUUCAGAGAACCGGUAGCAAAAAUCUGUGGCUCCCCCAUCCAAUCGCCCAGUUGCCCGCUUGCCU